AUGGCUUGACAAUAGUGGUAAAGCCAUAACAGAGCACGCAUCACAAAGAAAUCCUGAACUGAAUUAAACUAAACGAGAAAGGUCCCCGUUUAUUUCUGUGCUUAUUUUUGACAUUUGACAACUUCAUGUCUUUGAAAUUGAAAUCAUUAAAUGUGACAUAGAAUUAUUUCAUUCUUUUUAUUUUUGUUUCAAAUAAAUGUAAACUGUUAUUUUUGUACUUCAGAAUAUGUGAAUUUACUGUUUUAUUUUUCUCAUCAUAUUUUUAUUUAUUUAUUUUUAAAAUACAAUUUUGAUAAUCUCCAACUCUUUUAAUUUAAUUAUAUCAUUGGAAUAUUGCUGAUAAUGGACAAUGUAAAAAUAUUACCUCCAUGUAAGAGACUGAAAGUUGAAAAUGAGCCUGAGUUUUCUGGCAAUAAUAAUCUUGAAAAACUAGGUAACCAGUCUAAAUCUGCAAUAAAUGCAAAAAAAUCUGAUCUUUUAGAAGAUGAACCAAAUUGUUCUACUUCUGAAGCUGCCACACAGUUUUCUCAGAGUGAAAAAUCUGAUUCUGCUGUUAUAGUUAGAAGUCAAAAUGGAAAUUCUAAAUUAAGAUGUGAAUAUGCAGGUACUGAAAAUGAAUUAGAAAAGGAUGAUUCUAAUUAUUUUAGGUGUUAUGCUGAUCUGUCCAUUCAUAGAGUAAUGAUUGGUGAUUAUUCAAGAACACAAACCUAUAGAAGAGCUAUAUUAACUAAUUAUAAAAUAUUCCAUCAAAAAAUUGUAUUAGAUGUGGGUGCUGGCACUGGUAUUCUUAGCUUGUUUUGUGCUCAGGCUGGUGCUAAAAGAGUUUAUGCUGUAGAGGCUAGUGGCAUUGCUCGAGAAGCUCAAAAAGUAGUUACAUCAAAUGGAUAUGCAAAUAAAAUAACAGUAAUUGAAGACAAAAUUGAGGAUGCAAAGUUGCCUGAAAAAGUUGACAUCAUUGUUAGUGAAUGGAUGGGUUAUAUGUUGAUGUAUGAAUCAAUGCUGCCUUCCUUUCUGUUUGCACGAGACAAAUGGUUGAAAAAGGAUGGUCAUCUUUUUCCUGAAGAAGUCAGAAUAUAUAUUGCACCAAUACAAGAUCCUCAAGAAUAUGAAUAUAGUGUAGAAUUCUGGAAGAAAGUUGAAGAUGCUUAUAAAGUUGACAUGAGUGCUUUAGCUUCAGUAGCUGCAGAACAAAUGAGAGCGGCUGUGCAUGUGAUGUCUGUUGACCCAGCUUCUAUUUUGUCUCAUGCCAGCUGUGUUACAACAUUGCAUUUAGCUACUGUUGAGAGGGAAUUUUCACAAUGCGCACAAGGUUCUUUUAGCUGUGAAUCUUUUGGUUCAGCUACAGUACAUGGAUUUGUUAUUUGGUUUACUGUACAUUUUCCUAAUAAUGUAAUCUUGUCAACAUCUCCUUAUGAAAGGGAAACACAUUGGGAACAAUCUGUUCUUUAUAUACCUCCUGAGCAAGUAGAGCAAGAUACUGUGAUAUCUGGAAAUUUAUGGAUUCGAAAAGGCGAAGUGUAUCAUAGGUUUUUAGAUAUAGAGCUUGACUAUCAGGUGGAUAACGGUGAGAGGAAGAAAAUGAAAUAUAAAAUGAAAGACUAGUUUUAAUUAAUUUUAAUAAAUAUAAUUGUUGUGUUG